AUGCCGUCUUGGCUCCCGUCCAUACCGUAUCCGCCCUCUCAGGAUGGAUACUGGUCUCCAGUGACUUCCACCUUGAACUGGUGCGAAGAGGACUACUAUGCCACUGUGUACUCGGCAGAAAUCGUUAACACGCUCACAAACCUUCUCUUUGUAUACCUGGCUAUCAAGGGCAUUGCGAAUUGCCUCAGGAACGGGCACGAUGGAAUAUUCCUUGUUACAUUCAUCGGGUACCUCUUGGUGGGAGUUGGAAGCUUCCUCUUCCACUCUACGUUGAAGUACCCCAUGCAGCUGGUAGACGAGCUGUCGAUGAUCUACACAACGUGCCUCAUGUUCUACGCAACCUUCUCCUACGGCAAGACCAGGCAAUACGCCUUCUUCCUCGGCCUUUUCCUCGUCUCGCUAGCCGCCUUCAUUACUGGCUACUACCAUUACCUCCAAGACCCAGUGUUCCACCAGAACAUGUACGCGCUGCUCACCGCCAUCGUCCUCUUCCGAGCCAUGUACGUGAUGGAGGUCAGCAUCCGACCCUCGUUGAGGCAUACGGGCAGGUCUGUAGCGAUCGAAAAGAUGGAUGGGGCCGCUGGUGCUACAGAGAGGGUUGAGCAGGACAGAGAGGACCGCCGGGACGAGGAUAUCCUGCGACACAUGUGGAUCAUGAUCGCGUGUGGGCUGAGUAUAUUUCUCGGCGGCUUCGCCAUCUGGACGCUGGACAACGAGUUCUGUCCGACUCUCCGGAGCUGGAGGAGGCAGAUUGGCCUGCCUUGGGGGAUAUUGCUUGAGGGCCAUGGCUGGUGGCAUCUCAUGACUGGGACAGGAGCAUACUUCUACAUUACAUGGGGCAUAUGGCUCCGGCAUUGUCUGAACAGGCGGCAGGACGAGUACGACCUCGUCUGGCCGCAGGUCAUAGGAACAUUGCCCAUGAUUGAAAGGCGACGGAUAGACAGCAAUGGGAGCCUGCAGAACGGGACGACGAAGAAGAAGUUGUGA